AUGGUUGAUGCAGUAACUUCAAUGAAAUCGGUUAUCGAAGGAAAGCUAACCGAUUAUUUAUCAAAGUUUUUAGGCGAUGUGUUGGCAGUAGUAAAUACUAAACUUGACAUUAAAGUAAAUAAAGUUGACACUAUGAUUAUUCAUUCUGAUGGUUUAUUAGAAGAACUAGACAAAGUGAUAAAUACAUAUGGGAAUGAGACAUAUUCAUUCCCACCUGAAGAUUUAGAAAAACAAAUAAAAGGGGCAGCAGGAGCAUCGAUGGAUUCAGAAAAUUUUACAAGAUGA